CGCCUGGAGUGAAGAGUUUCGAUUCCGAGGCGCUGUCGUUUGAUUGGAGGAAAGACCCAGAGGAGCUCGACGCGCUCGGCCGUGGAGGGAAGACAACUACUGAAGCAGCGUUUUAGCCUUUCUUCUGAGAGAAAGACGACGCGAAAUGCAAAGCGUUGCUGUUUCGAACGAAGAAACUUCACAGAACAGGUUUGUCUUGGGUGUAACGUUCUAAGAACAAGUCAAGCAUCUGCGAAAGGUGGCAAAAACAAGCGAGAAAAAGUACCAUGGAGUCCCUCACUUCUAAUUUAGCAGAAGAGAAGAGAAAGCAGCUCUGUGCCUUACUCGGGGAUGUGGAUCUGACCCUUCUCUACAAAGCUUCAGUUCAUGGAUAUCAAACUUCUGCCUUCCACCAGAGAUGUGACCGUCAGGGUCCUACUUUACUUGUAGCUUACAACCGGUCAGGCUACGUCUUUGGUGGAUACACUAGUGUGGAUUAUUCUCAGAGUGGGCAGUAUAUUACAGAUGAUGAAACAUUCAUAUUCAGUUUUCAAGUCAAGAUUGCUCUGUGUGUCAAAGUUAACAGUGGACAUUACGCACGCAUUGAUGACGCUGGAGGGCCUAACUUUGGCCAACAGCUGUACUUUUGCUACAACAACCAACCAGUUGUGUAUAACACAGGAGGGAAUGCAUUCACUGUUAAUGCGGCAACAAUGUAUGGGAACGACACUCAGCUGACAGAAUGUGAGGUGUACAAAGUGAAGCAGGCUUCUCAAGUCAGUACUGAGCAGAAACCUUGGAGGAACGUUCUGUGGACAGCUGAACGAAGAGAAGAACUCAUGGAGAUGAUCAGGAAUUAUAAACCCCUGAUGACGUCUGUGAGUCGAGUCCGAAUCCUAAUGAUCGGUCCUGUAGGUGCUGGAAAAUCCAGUUUCUUCAACUCCAUCAACUCCAUCUUCAUGGGCCGCAUGACCAACAAAGCCAUGUCAGGAUCUGCAGGAACUAGUCUCACCACACAGUUUCGCACAUAUCCAGUAAAAGACGGUCGUGGAGGAAAGCCGUUGCCGUUUGUGUUGUGUGACACCAUGGGACUCGAGGAGCAAUCAGGUGCAGGACUGGAUAUUGAGGACAUCAGCAGCAUUCUUCAAGGUCACGUACCAGACCGCUAUAAAUUCAACCCUGUGGGAUCGUUUCAACCUGAUGAUCAAAAAGCCUCCAGACCUGCAUCUCUGCAGGAGAAGAUCCACUGUGUGGUCUACGUGAUCGACGCCACCAAAAUCUCCCUCAUGUCUGACAAACUCGAGGAGAAACUUGCUUCCAUACGCAGAAAAAUUAACUCACUGGGCAUCGCUCAGAUCGUCCUCAUGACCAAAGUAGAUGAAGCCUGUCCUCUAGUGGAGAAGGACCUUCAAAGCCUCUACGUCAGCGCCUACAUCAAGUCAAAGGUUCAGGAGGUGAGCUCUCGGUUGGGUGUGCCGGUGUCUUGUGUGUUACCGGUGAAGAACUACAGUCAGGAGCUGGAGCUGGAGCUCAACUGUGACGUCCUGCUGCUCUCCGCUCUACAGCAGAUGCUCAACUUCGCAGAAGACUACCUGGAUGAUUCUUGUCAAAUGGAGGAAAAUGUUUUUUAAAAUAUUUUGCUGAGAAGCAUCCAUAUUAUUGCAUUGUCUUUGAACAGAAUAAAGGUGUCUUCGCUAUAUCUCUGCACGAUAAUGUAUCUUAAGCCAUAAAACUGGUGUAUUAGUUAUAUUGCAUGUGUUUAUUGUGUCUUUAGAGCUAAAAUGCUGUAAGAUCAGUUUUACAAAUGAGGACUGCUCUCUAAAUGAAAUGCAGACCUUUCCAUGAGAAAAACAUUGUAGAAUUAGUCACUCCUUACAUUUAAAAGUAAACAUUAAAACCAAUUCUGUAUGGCUUGCUGAGUGCAAUUAAAUAUUAUGACACUGUG